AUGGCUCGCAACGUUUCGUACAUCAACGCGCCCGCGGCUCCGAUGAUGCCGUGGCGCAACGAGGCACCCGUCGUGACCAUGCCGCCGAGACAGAUCUAUGUGAUGCCACUCGCGGUGCCACCGACACCAGUGAGCUACCCGGCCCACCAGUCCUUCUGGCCCUAUUUUCCGGCCCCGGCCCAGCCUGUUAAUGUGCCCUUGGCACGACCCGUGGCUCCCACCACAAGGUGGUUAGCACCUGGCCCGCCGAAGAUGGAGCACGUCCAAGCACCCAUGGUGCAGUGGAUGACGAAUCCGGUCGUGUCUGCACCCAG